AUGGGCUCUGGAGAGCGAUUCGAAAUGCCGAAGCGAGUAACUCUUACGCUUUCAAUGGGCUACAAUUUUAGUGACACUUCCUUUGGAUGGAAUGGGUACAACGAAGGUUUCACCAUUUACUACCCGCAUUUUUCCGAACUGAUUCCGAGCCAACACAGUUCCUUCAGUUUAUCAGCCGGUCUAACUCCGGUCAUCGAUUUUCAAAAUGUUGAAAGAACUCUUCUUGGUUCUCCUUAUACGAAAUGCAAGCCGACGGAUACGUCAAAUUCUUAUCUAAACCAAAAAGUCGAUUACUACCGAAAGAAUCUAUGCGAGUUUACGCGGCUGCUCAUAGAUAUUGACAAGAAAUGUCACUGCUAUCCGAGCUACAUUGACAAUAUAACAGAGCUGUUCACUAUUGAAGAGUACGAGACUGAAAACCCGCCAUGCAACUUCUUUCAACACGCAGUCUGUGUUUCCGAAAUCAUUGACCACUUUCAACUUGUUUCUGCUGGCACAUGCAUUCCUGCUUGUACUGAGCACUCAUUCAAGCCUCAAUCAAUUCAGUACAUGCAAGUGAGCGAGCGAAGAAGCAAGGACAUCCACGAGUAUCUAAAUAUCCCCGAUGACAUCUACAUUGCGUCAAUGGUUUUAAAGCUCUCUGACGAGGUGUCUGUUGUAUAUAAAGAACAGAGCACAUAUGAUCCGUCCAAAUUUAUCGCAGACAUGGGAGGAACUGCCGGAGUCGUCCUAGGACUCAGCCUCUUGAGCAUCCUAAAACACAUAGAAAAGAUGUAUCUCAAUUUACUUGAUAAAUUCCGCUCAAUAUUGAUGAAUUACAAGCUCAAAAGAAGCCAGACAAUGAUGGCCAAAACACAGACAAUGAAUAUUUCCCAGAAUUUUCCAGAAAAGAUUGAAACUUUGAAGAAAGACACGAGUUUGAAAGAAUUCACCAGAAAAGAGGACAAUGGGAUAAGCAAGUUAACCUGA